CGUCGGCACUUGCACCAUCGAUCCGAAUGCGAACGAGGCGACAGCCGCCAUUUUAAAAAGUUUUACUAUGUGUGUGGUUUUAGCGUGAAGUAAAUGGAGAAUCUUUAAUGAAUUAAAGAUAAAUGGGUUAUUACUAUUUUGAAGGUUUUGGAGAUUAAUGUUCGGAGGUGUGGAAAUGUUAUUUGGAUGUGAAAAAAGUGGUUUAAAUAGUGCAUUACGGUUAUAUAUUGGGUGCAUUGUAUCUAGAGCUUGACAGAUCCACGCGCUUCUAAAUCGCCACACCAACAAAUAAUUACUCAUUUAACAUUUAUACCUAAUGUUCGUUCACGCGAAAAACAUUUUUGAAUUUUUUGAACGUCUGUGAUCUCAUUGUUAUUGCUAUUUUAUUUUUAUAUAAAUUAUAUUUAUAAUGUCUUAUUAAUCUAAAAGCUUUACUUUAUAUAUUAUAUUUUAAAAUUCAAAAAUAAACUUUGCUAAAAAAAUCAUGUGACUGAAAUCUACAUUAGUAUAGCGGGAUUACAAUUACUUAUAAAUAGCGAUUAAGAAGAUAGCUUAAGCAUCAUUGCCAAUAUUAUUGUAUAGAAUUUAUAAGUGAUCAUUUCAAUCAUUGUCCCCUCUGCAAAAGAACUUACAAAAUAGUGUUUUCACUAGAAAUUAUGUAUCGAAAACGGUAAUUUGGAAAUAUCGUUACUAAAGCGGGAAAAUCUCUGAAGAUUUUUUGAAGGGGUUAAUAAUUUUUGAAAAAAUUUAAAUCCCUUUGUUGGUGGAUUUCGCACAUUACUGGUGCGUGGAUGGCCACUAUGUCAACGACAAUGAGAACUACCCUGCAAACCGUACCAGAGAGCUUGCCGGCUGAUCAUGUCACCUCAACAGGGACCCCCAGAGAGGCCACGCCCCAGAAGCCAAGGGUCACAGUUAAAGUCAGCCCAAAGAUACAUUAAUUUUCGAGGUUAACGACAACGAGAUUGAAAAGCAGCCAUUUGUACAUGUGAACCAGUGAACCGAAAAACACUUCAAUAUGAGUGCAAGGAAUAAUGAGGUUGACUCAUUGGAUCGUAAAUCGGCUGUAAGGAGAAGUUUCCGAUUGCCUGGUUUGAAAACUUUAACUUCGGGGACUAAUGCCACUAAAAACGCGAGUGCGGCACCGAUUUUGCCAAAGUUCAAAAGCCCGGUGCAGUUGAAAAGUUUUAAACCAGAAGAAGUGAAUAGUAAAUUUAAUAAUUUGGAAGACAAAAUAAUGAAAUCGACAACAACGCCACUUACAUCGUUAUCUAAAGAUGAUAACGCUAUUGCCAAACAACUGAAAACGGCACAAGAUAUUAAAAAGAUCACAGUGAUCACUUCAAGAAAAAGACCUGAAUGUAGCAGGAAUAAUUACAAUUAUGAAUCAGAUAUGAAUCAUAGAAACACUGUGAAUGCUGAUACAAAAUCUUUAGAUAUUGCUUUAGAAGAUGCUUCUACCAUGGUGGCAUUGAGCGAUUUGGAGAAACAAAUUACAAAAAUGGAGCACGAAAAUAGCGCUUUGACCAAAGACAAACGCGGGGACCAAAAGAUAUGGUCAAGUGCGGAUAAAACUUUAGAACCAAAGCAAGUAUCACACAAACCUACCAUGUACGAUGAUCACGAAAAUCUGAUAAAUACAGGAAUUAGUGACGCAUCUUUUGAUGGUGAGAAUGAUACAUUUUUACGAGGUGGACCUGCCAGAAAUUCUACUGGACAUCACAGUUCCGGACUUCCUUUGAUGACCACCGUAAAACGAGCGGCUGCACGGGUUUUGAGCCGUACUUCGAGCGACACCAGGGAGGUGGAGCAGACGGUGCAGAGGAUGCGAAAAGCGUUGCAGAUGCAGGAGAAGCAGGCGCGGAAAAGCGUCCAGAGAGCGGACAGUGUCCGAGAAAAACCUCCACCUGCAAUGGUGAGGAGACCGCCGCCUCCGUUGGAUUUGAAGAAAGUUAAAACUCCGCAAAGCAGUUCGAAUCGUACAAGAACGCCCAUUACUCCAAUAACUCCUUUAAGUCCAAUCACGCCUAAGAGUGCUUCCGACUCCUCGACACGGGUUUCAUCUAGAUCCCGGACAUCGGAUGAACCACACAUUGGCAAAUAUAAAUUACUGAAGACAAUUGGCAAAGGAAACUUUGCUAAGGUAAAAUUAGCAAAACAUGUACCCACAGGAAAGGAGGUAGCUAUCAAAAUUAUUGACAAAACACAGCUCAAUCCUGGUUCGCUUCAAAAACUUUUCCGAGAGGUGCGCAUCAUGAAAAUGUUGGAUCACCCAAAUAUUGUAAAACUGUUUCAAGUGAUUGAGACAGAAAAAACUUUAUAUCUAGUAAUGGAAUAUGCAUCAGGUGGUGAAGUGUUUGAUUAUCUUGUUCUUCAUGGUAGGAUGAAAGAAAAGGAAGCUAGAGCCAAAUUUAGGCAAAUCGUUAGCGCUGUACAAUAUUGUCACCAAAAGAAAAUUAUUCACAGGGAUUUGAAGGCUGAAAAUCUGCUGCUUGACAGCGAGAUGAAUAUCAAGAUAGCAGAUUUUGGUUUUUCCAAUGAAUUUACACCUGGUAGUAAGCUCGACACAUUUUGUGGUAGCCCUCCAUAUGCUGCUCCUGAACUUUUUCAAGGCAAAAAAUACGAUGGUCCAGAAGUAGAUGUCUGGUCAUUAGGAGUCAUUUUAUAUACCUUAGUAAGUGGUUCAUUACCUUUCGAUGGUUCAACAUUACGCGAAUUGCGAGAGCGAGUAUUACGGGGGAAAUAUAGAAUUCCUUUCUACAUGUCAACGGACUGUGAGAAUCUCUUGAAGAAGUUUUUAGUGUUGAACCCUGCCAAAAGGGCUAGCUUAGAAAACAUCAUGAAAGACAAAUGGAUGAAUAUGGGUUAUGAAGAGGAGGAAUUAAAACCAUUUAUAGAGCCAAUGCAAGAUUACAAGGAUCAUAAACGGAUAGAAGCACUGGUUUGCUUGGGCUACAAUAGACAAGAAAUUGAAGAUUCUUUGGCGCAAUGUAGAUAUGACGAUAUUUUUGCCACGUAUUUGCUUCUUGGAAGAAAGAAUUCAGACCCGGAAAGCGAUGGUUCCCGUUCUGGUAGUUCGCUGUCUCUGCGCAAUUUGACCGGUUCCAACGCCGGCCAAGGGACGGUGAAUUCACAUGGAGCAGCCACCGGCAACAAUAACUCGGUGACCUCCGGGACAAAUGCUACUGCAGGAGGACAGUCGCCUAGUCAUCGGGGAGUUCACAGGAGCAUUUCGGCGUCUGGAGGAAAGCCCAACAGAAGGGCCAGCAGCGGGGGUGUCCCGACAUCAGUGGCGUCCGGGAACAACCACAGUAAUCACAGUGGCGGCGGAGUUACUAACAGUAGUGCUGUGACAGCAUCGAAUUUCAAACGACAAAAUACAAUUGAUUCAGCAAGUAUCAAGGAAAACACUGCGCGACUUCAAGCUCAAAAUAAUCGGCCAACAAGCGCGCAGCCUAAGACGAAUUCAUCUGCAAUUGACUCAAAUACUUCCAGUCCUGGUAAACCUCGUGGUGUCACGAAAUCGAACACAAUGAGCGGCCAAAGAUCUUUGGCGACUGGUGGAUCCGUUGGACGCAGAUCGACCAUCAGCUAUGACUCCAAAUCAGGCUCAGGAAGCACAGAGAAGACGAACGCCACACAGAUCAAUGACAACAAUUUUGCCAGUGGUGGCGGUGAUUUCAUUCGCACCGGGUCAGGAAAGGGUCAUGUGAAAUCCGCCUCCGUCAGUAGUGCAGGAACAUCAGACAACAAUAGCAACCAGACGGCGGAUCCGCUCAGGCAGCAGAGCAUGGUUAAUCGCACAAGUCUCACACCUAGACCAAAUACGACAAGAGAGCCAGUUGCUUUCCCAAGGAAUGUUCCAUCAAGAUCUACAUUCCACUCAGGUCAAACUCGCCAGAGAUCAAACAUGGGCUACGGGGGACCCGUAGAUUCCCAACAUUCUACAAGGCCGUCAUUCUUUAGUAAAAUAUCAUCCAGAUUUUCAAAACGACCGAUGGAUUCGCCCGGUUCAAAACCAGUCACACCUGUAACUAACGCUUUAGUUAGCGGCGGAGGUGGCACAAUGCAGGAUGACCAGGUCAAACCGAGGUCCUUGAGGUUCACAUGGUCCAUGAAGACCACAAGCAGUAGGGACCCCAAUGAGAUAAUGUCUGAAAUUCGAAAAGUUUUGGAUGCCAAUGGAUGCGAUUAUGAACAACGUGAAAGGUUUUUACUACUUUGUGUCCACGGAGAUCCUAUCACGGACAGUUUAGUACAAUGGGAAAUAGAAGUCUGCAAAUUGCCAAGACUUUCCUUGAAUGGAGUUCGAUUCAAACGCAUUUCUGGCACCAGUAUUGGCUUUAAAAAUAUUGCAUCAAAAAUUGCCCACGAGUUGAAACUGUGACUGCCUGUGAAAGAUUUUGGCUCGUCUGAUAAUGAAUCACAGGAAACUGUGUGAAUUUCAUAGCUAUGCUGUAUCGGAGCCUAAAAUCGAAGUGAUUUAUAAAAUCUCAUUUCAUUGGAAAAGAAAA